AUGGCAACACCAAAGGCGACAAGAAGCAUUCGGACUUCUCGAUCCACCGCAGUCGCUGGCGAAGCUGAUACAGAAGCUACCAGUCCGACAAGCCAGGGCAGAACCGUGGACUUGAAGGAUGCCUUCAAGUCUGCAAUUGGGCGCUUUCAGUAUGAUGCGACGGACACGAAUGGGCCGAGAAGCACCAGCAAGGACUCUUCCGAUUACAGGGUGACCAGGAAGCGUCCGUUAGGUGAUAGCAGCGAGGACAAUACACUGUCAGCGACCCCGUCACCAGCCAAGCGACAACGCCAAUCCUCGAAAUAUGCUCCUCCAUCAAAGUAUUCGCAUUUGCCAAAGCUGCUUGACAUACUCGAGCCCGAUCUGAUAUGUAUAUUCGUUGGUACCAAUCCAGGUAUCCGAACAGCCACAGCUGGCCAUGCCUACGCGCAUCCCAGUAAUAUGUUCUGGAAGCUGCUCCACUCGUCGGGCUGCACAGACGUGCGUCUGCCACCGGAGAACGAUGUGGACUUACCACAGUGGUAUGCUAUGGGAAAUACUAAUAUAGUCGAAAGACCUAGCAAAGAUGCUGCGGAAUUGUCCAAAGCUGAGAUGGCAGCUGGCACUCCAAUACUUGAGGAGAAGGUCCGCAGGUUCCGGCCUGGAGCUGUAUGUAUUGUUGGCAAAGGAAUCUGGGAAGCUGUCUGGCGGUGGAGAUAUAAGCGGGAGCUUCGCAAAACCGACUUUAAGUGGGGUUGGCAGGAUGAGAAGGAACGCAUGGGACGGACUGAAGAUUGGGAGGGUGCGCCCAUCUUCGUGACUAGUUCGACCAGUGGAUUGAGUGCGAGCCUCAAGCCACCUGAGAAAGCUGCAAUAUGGAAGCCAUUCGGUGAAUGGGUGAAGGCGAGGAGAGUGGAGAGGUUCGGUACUGAGGGAAGGGUAGACCACGCAGAUGCAAUAGAGAACAAGGAGGAUUAG